UAAAAUAAGGGAUUCCUCUCCAAAAUGUGACCAAUCGACAGGUGCUGCGCCUGGGGAACAGUUCAUUUGACUUAGGUGAUGUGCGCGCUAUACUUGCUAUUCUUGGAUACAUUAACGAACUAAAUUAACUGAUCUAUGUGUACUUGAUAUUAAUCGUCAGAUUCGUUGGAAAAAUUAAAACAAUUCCUUGAUGCACGGCAAAAUCCCAAGGAUUUGUUUACAGCUUUCCGGCGUUGUAUUUGUAAUGCCAACUCUAACAGAUUUUUUUUCCACGAAGAACAAUCGCAAAUACAUGAAUCGGGAAACAACCUAUUAGAGUGAAUAAAUUAAUUUCAGGAGAUUGCAUCUUGCUCGCACUGCCGAGGGAUGGGAUGAAACGGUGCACACUGUAUCCAGAGCGCGCGCGGGCAUGAAUGCACCGCGUGAUCUGACACAUAUCUCAUUCAUUCCUUUCCACCGCAACUGCAACAUGAUCUUCUUUGUGAUGCGAUGACUUAACACCGAGCAAUGUUUAAAUAGCUAUAUUAGUGGAAACAACGCAACUAUCGUAGCUGCUGCUUGCCUUACACCGUUAUUUUCGUGACAAUCUUUUUGUUCUUAUCUUUUACCUGCUCGCAGUCGAUAUGUGGGCAUUCUUUUAUAGAUGCAGUAAAAGAUGCACUUUAAUGAUCUAAAUGCCAUAUCCAGCUGUGAAGGCUACUCUCUCGGCGCUGCCUGUUCACGUUUUGUGUGAUAUAUGCUUCAGACAGAUGUAUACUGUCGUCCAUACCGUCUCUUAGUUUGGAAUGCAAGGGCUGAAUACAACUGCUGUGGACUUGCACGGAAACCGUGCAACAAAGCGAAGAAUUUCCUUUUGAAGAUUUUCGGAUGCAGAAAUAAUCGUCAUCGAAGAGGACCCCGGACGCUCUGGAUUGGCUGUGGAGAGACACGCCCACUCUCUCUCCGCCCCCUUCCCCUCAGCCCCUCAGCUCUGCCGCGGUGGACCAUGCCCUCUGCCCACUCCGGCCGGCCUCUGGAGGAAGAUCACCUGCCUCGGUAGGAUGCUGAGCCCCACCCGGCGCCACCGCCUGCCCGUCGCUCCGCCCGCACCGCUCGCCGUCCUCCCGUACGCCGGCGCCUCCGCUCUCCACCAUGGAGGAUGAGGUCAUCAACAACAACGCGCUGGCCUGGCUGGUGUGCUCCGGGGUGUCCAUCCUGGCCAACACCUGGGGGAUCCUGAGCGUGAGCGCCAAGCAGAAGAAAUGGAAGCCGCUGGAGUUCCUCAUCUGCACCCUGGCCGGCACGCACAUCCUUAACAUGGGCAUCCCCAUCACCAUGUACUCCGUCAUCCAGCUGCGCCGCCAGCACUCCAGCUACGAGUGGAACGAGGGCCUCUGCAAGGUGUUCGUUUCCACCUUCUACACCCUCACCCUGGUCACCUGCUUCUCCGUCACCUCCCUCUCCUACCACCGGAUGUGGAUGGUCCGCUGGCCCGUCAACUACAGGUUGAGCAACACCAAGAAGCAGGCGGUCCACACGGUGAUGGGGAUCUGGAUGGUCUCCUUCAUCCUGUCCACGCUGCCCGCCGUGGGCUGGCACGACACCAACGAGCGCUUCUACACGCACGACUGCCGCUUCAUCGUCAAGGAGAUCGGCCUGGGCUUCGGCGUCUGCUUCCUGCUGCUGAUCAGCGGCAGCGUGGUCAUGGGCGUCAUCUGCAUCGGCAUCGCCCUCUUCCAGACCUUCUCCCUCCACACGGGGCAGAACAUGGACAAGAACAAGUUCAACGUGCCCACCAUCGUGGUGGAGGACGCCCAGGGCAAGCGGCGCUCCUCCAUCGACGGCUCGGAGCCCGUCAAGACCUCCCUGCAGAUCACCUACCUGAUCAGCGGCAUCGUCUUCAUCUACGACUUCCUCACCGGAUUUCCCAUUUUGGUGGUGAGCUUCGCCAGUCUGAAGUACGAGCGCUCGUACGGCUGGAUGGUGCUGUGCGUGCUGUGGUGCUCCAUCGCCCAGUCCAUCCUGCUGCCCAUGUUCCUGUGGGCCUGCGACCGCUACAGGGCCGACGUCAAGAUGGUGUGGGAGAAGUGCGUGGCCAUCAUGUCCAACGACGACGUGGACGAAGAAAACAGCCAGGAUGGCGGAAUUCAUCCGGACUUAAUAUAUGACAGACCAUAUGACUAUAGCUCCGCUGGUGAUAUCAUGACGGUAGACCGUAUUGCCAAGUACGAAUUCUCAACCUUAGAAAGGGGGGUCCCCCAAGGUUAUCCAUUGAGGGAACUACAGGAAGAUAAAAUGCAGUAUUUGCAGGUGCCCCCUACAAGAAGAUACUCCCACGACGAAACAGACAUGUGGAGCACAGGUCAGAUCCCUUCCUACCUCCAUCGCUGGGGCUCCACGGAGGACAUCAUUGGGAUCCCCCACUACAGCUCGCCCCGCCACGAGAGGCGGAGAAGCAGCCUGGUCUCCUACCACGAGGAGACUGCUCCCUACCGCAAGAGGAGGAAGUCCGAGGACAGCGUGCACUCUCUCAAGCAGCUGCCCCGCGGCGAGCGUUACGAGGAGGACUUUAAGUGCUUUAGCCGGGACGAGGUGAUCAACUUCAUCGACGAGACGCCGCUGCCCAGCCCGAUGAAGAGCCCCCGCCGCGCCUCGGCCAUCUCCCUCAUCCCGGACGCGUACGAGCAGCGCAUCGUCCUGCUCCCGCACUUCCCGCUCACCGACUUCGAGCGCGAGCCGCAGGCCCUGCGCCGCGUGCUGGUCGAGCUGCCCGAGAACUCCGCCGGGCGCCGCGCCGGCCGUCGCCACGGCGACGCCGCGGGGGAGGCCGGCGGCUCCGCCCCCUGCGCGUCGGGCUCGGGCUGCCACCCCGGCCUGCCGGAGGGGAGGCGCACGUCCGAACUGGCCCCCCCGGCGCACUCUGCCCACAGGUUCAGGACAGGCCUGGGGGAGGGCGGCAGCUGGGCGGAUCAAAAGAACCUGACUAAAGUUGAGAGCAAAGGAAGCACAAAUAGUUUUUUAAGCUCACCUUCAGCGUCGUCCGGAUACAUCACCUUUCACUCAGAUUCCAUAGGGUCCACCACCUAGGGGAGGCGUGGAGCCUUUAUUAUUCUUAUUAUUAUUAUUAUUAUUAUUAUUACUGAUUUUUUUUGUUCAUUCUAAGUGUGGAAUGUUGAUUAUUUUUUUUGUAAUAAUAUGGGAACAAGAUAUCAACUGGGACAAAAAAUUCAUAUCUGGGGAGCGGUGUGGGCUGGGUGCAGACGUUUAUCAUUUGUUGCAGACCCGUAUCACUGUAGUUCCUCCCGUUCGUCUGGGACUGACCACUGGCAUUGCUUUCCGAGUGGCUUUUCGCACACUUCAUGUCGGCCCUUGUGUUAAAAAAAUCGGCAAACAUGACGACGGUGGAGGGGGACUGUGUAGUGCAGGGACAGCUGCUAACUGUACAUAGAGAACAUUUCAAUGCUACACUGUAGCUUUCCUCUCCAACUCCAACACAAGCAUUUCAUUUGAGUUAUCUCACAAAAGUAUUUCACUGCUUCGCUUCAUGGGCUUUGUUUCCUCUUUAGUUAUCUUAUUGGUGGUUCUGUGUGUUAUUUUCUUAAAUUAACGAACAAGGUAACGAGGAACAAAGCUAUUUUAUUACUUUUCUGCACAUAGAAAUAUGUUUUAGAACUAUACAUAAUUUGCUGUCUUUGUUUACAUUCGGUUUCCUGUUUUGUCAGAUUCUGCUUGAUGGUUCUCUUUAAGUCUUUUAAAUUACAGUUUCAAAUAUAUGAAACAGGAAUCGAUGGAAAAUAAGGAGGCUACUUUUUGCCAGUUUAUUCCAGGAAAUCAAACGCCUUUGUAGCCAAGUGCUUACCAGCACAUUUAUAUAGAAAUGUAUGUAAGCAAGCAGUGCAGCAGUUAUGUUUCGUUAAUACUUGGUCUAUCUGUUUCUGCCUCAACCUUCCUCCACUUUUAUGCAUUUUCACCCCUAUUGUUACGCUUUAUCACACUGUUAAACUGUGAUACUAAAUUCAACACACAAAUAUCAACAAAUAGUGAAAUAUUGCGUUCUCACAACACAAGACUUGGGUUACAUUACCUUUCGUCCCUGUGUGGACAUUCUUUCACAUGUCUCUGGAAGAGUAUUCAUUUGUAUGAGCCCCAAAGACAGAAUUUAAAAAAAAACACGAUUUGGAAUGUCAUCUAAAUUUCCGCAGAGUAGCUCUUUCAGAUUUGUACAUAACAGUGGCAGAUAGUAUUGGAUGUAUGGUAUGUUUGUUUUUUGUUUUUUUAUUUAUGGUGAUGAUUGAAAUCAAAUAUCAAAAUAAUGCGUACCAUUCACCAUAUCUCUGCAAAUGCACAUGUAUCCAUGCAUGCGCACACUUUCUCACAGAUUGAUAUACAUACAAUCGAUCGCCAGUGCACUUAAUCCUCAAUGCUCAAGCCAGGCAAAGUGUGAUUUUAUUUAUUUCUUAUGCAAUUUAUCCUAUAGAAUUCAAAUCCCAAGUCAGCUAAUGAUAAGCAUAACUUGUGCAAGAAAUGACAAAACAACUGCCAACAUUUUAAAACAAUGCUCUAAUAAAAUGGAAUUGCCCAGAUAGAAAAUGGACUCCUAAAUUAUUAAAGUUUACUAAUGGUGCUUGGGAAUUUUGCUGCUUCAAAAAUAGCCUAGCAGUGCAGGAGAUAGACGUCACUUAUAAAGGAACAAUGACUUUCCUAUCUAAAUCAUUUUGGUCCAUAAAAGUCCUUUCAGCCUAGAUUUCCUAGUGUUUUGGAUUUUUCUACACUUAAUUUGCAAUCAACCUUAUUUGAUUUCUGAAAGAAACAAAAACACCUCACUCACAGAAAAAAAUUCUAUCUGAUGAAUAAACUUAUUAUGGUUUAGUGAAAUGGGAAACAAAUUACCAGCCAUGACUUGAAAUGGAAUUCAUAUGUCUUUUUGAUAGCCUUUGAUAGCUGUGCAGUGGGCCUACCUUCCUUGCUCCUGUCACCACUAAAAAGAAUAGUAUACUAGCUAGCACACUACUAGCAGAAUUAUACUAGCUCAUUCUCUCUCGAAAAAAAAAGUGAUUGGAGCAAAGUUUUAAUACAAGAAAGAAUGUGUUCUUUGACACUUGAUUAACAGGAAUUAAAUGUCCUUAAAUGGUUUAUUAAUGCUUACCUAACAUGCUUACUAAAACACAUUAUACACACAAGACAAAGCUUAUCAGGCUGCUAUUGCUGUUGUUUGACACCCCAGAUUUCAAAAUCUCCAGAUUUGGAUUACAAUUGAAACUUUUUAUGUGGACAUUCGGACACACAUUCAUUCCAAACUGAUUUUCUUUUGUUUUUAUCGUAGUUUUCAGAAUCUACAUUUGUAACAUAUUUUCUUUUUAGAGCUACUAAUAAUUGUCAAAUUAAUGGACAUUGUUUGGUGUCUAUGUUGUUCAAAUGAUGAUUUGUUUCAAGAGGACUAAAAAUCUAUUCCGAAUAUAAAUAAAAAUGGAUGAAACCCAUGCCAUUUGUUUAAAAAUGUUCUACGUGUAUUUUGCAUUUGUAAAAAAUAAAUAAAAAGUGAUUCUUUCCUUGUUGAUGUUUUGCAGAAGUGCAGGAUGAAGUGGACACUGAUUUUGUUUAAAGGGUUCAUUCACAGCUCAGUUUUAUUGAUGUUUUCCACUUUUUUGAAAUAAUUUAAGGUUAUAAUCUGUAAGGAGCAGAAAGAAAUAAAGAAAAUGUUUCAAGACGAA